CAAAACAGAUAAAAAAAAGAGAAGCGAAGAAAAAAAAAGAGUAAAAUUUUUUAAAAGAAGAAGAAGAAAAACAUUAACAUUAAACAGAUAUUAGACAACGAUUUGAAGACGAAGAUAUUUGACGAAAAGCAAAGAUUUUUUCUUUUUCUUCUUCUUUGCAAUUGGAUUUUAUCGUUACGUUUUUUGUUUUUUGUUUUGUUUUUCGCAUCCACAUCCGAUUUUUUCCGUUUUCUGGUUCUGUGUGUUUAUCGAUUGAUUUGAUUGAAUUUCGAUUCGAUUUCAACCAGCCAACCAACAAAAAUGUUCAACUUUAGUAAUUAUCGUGAUAUACGUUAUCAUUAUUUUCAUGUUUAUGUACCGGGUAAACAUCAUCAAUUUGAACGUGAUUUAACUAAAUUUCCCGGUGUACCGAAUUCAUUUUUUAUUGAAGAAUUUUUACGUGAACAUGCUGAUUUUAUUCAUCGUAAUCUUUCACGUUGGUAUUAUUCAUUUUAUUUAUCGAUAAUAUAUUUAUUGGCAAUAAUAUUGAUAAAAAAAUGGAUGCAAAACAGGCAACCAUUUCAAAUGAAACCAAUAUUAAUUAUAUGGAAUAUUUCAUUAGCAAUAUUUUCAAUUAUUGGUACAUUUCGUUGUUUACCGGAAUUUAUUCAUGUACUUUAUCAUCAUGGUCUUGUACAUUCAUAUAGUAAAUCAACAUAUUAUUUUGAUUAUCGAUUAUCAGCAUGGUAUUUUAUGUUUACAUUAUCCAAAUCAAUUGAAUUACUUGAUACUGGUUUUGUUUUAUUACGUAAAAAACCAUUAAUUGUUUUACAUUGGAUACAUCACCUAUUAACACUUAAUUAUUCAUGGUUUGUAUUUUCGGAUGCACCAGCUACCGCACGUUGGAUGUGUAAUAUGAAUUAUUUUGUUCAUUCAUUAAUGUAUACAUAUUAUGCGGCAAAAGUAGCCGGCAUACAAAUAUCACGUCGUAUUUCGCUAACAAUAACAACAUUACAAAUUGCACAAAUGUUUGCCGGUUUAUUUGUUAAUUAUAAAGCAUUACAAAGAAAAUUAAUUGGUUUACCUUGUGAUGCAUCAUUGUCGGUAUUGAUAACCGGUGUUACCCUUUAUGGUUUAUUUGCAAUUUUAUUUAUCAAUUUUUUUAUUUGGACAUAUAUUAUAAAACGUUCAAAAAAUCGUAUCCGUACCGCUGUUCGUCAUUUUACAUCAUCAAACAAAAAUAAAAAUAAUAAUAAUGAUUUGGAUAAUGAUAAAACAUCUUUAAUCGAUAAAUCAACAAUAACAACGACGACAACAAAUAAUGGAUCAAUACAAUUUGUGGCCAAAAAAGUUCAAUAACCAAUGGAAGACAACAACAACAGAAAGCAAAAAGGAAUCAGAAUCAAUCAUAAUUUCCAAAAAACAAAAUUGAUUUUUACAAGUUUUUUUUUAAAUUACUAAAU